AUGGCCGUCUCUACGCUAACCCAGCGUGGCUACGACCCGGACGCGAUGUCCUGGACGACGGUUCCGACGACUGAGGAGCCCAAUUCUGCGAUUCCUUCGAAUAUUCGAGGCCAAGCUCUCCUCAACGCGGCCGCUCGCCGCUUGCAAGAGAAAGCCAAGAUGGUGGUGCCUGCCGCCGCCCCGGCGUCCGGCAACCCAGCGGGCAAGACGCAGCCUCCUGCCUCGCACGCUGCAGGAAGCAAGGGCAAGGUCUUCACAAAGUGGAAGCCUCGCCCGCUACUAAAACCGAACCCGGAUGACUACGUGAUCGUUGUAAAGCCACGUGAGCAUAUUUCCUUGCACGAAGCCUUCUCCGAGAAUCGCUAUGGGACCGCUUUCACGGCUUACCUCGGGUCCGAGCGGGCAGAGACCGCAUCUAUUCUCCCUUCGAGAGAACAAAAUUUGAUUGUGAUCCAUACCCCGGACCUCGAGACGGCGGACCGAGUGAUAGGGGAUUUUUCCGUCAACACCGAACGCGGAGCGGUCCCGCUCCACGGAUACCUACGGCAAAAUGGCGGAAACGUUUACCACGGUGUCAUCGUGGUGUGCAACUCGGACACGACGGAGACACUUCAGCAAAAGGUGCGUUGGAGAGCAGGCACCAUUGUUGAAGUGAGAAAAUUUGGCACAUCGAACAAAGCGCGUGUUACCUUCGCCGGGAAGGACAAACCGCGUUUUGUUCACUAUGGCAACAUGGUGGUACCCGUUCAACCCUACUACCGUACAAUCCCGGCCUGCGGCAAGUGCGGUGCUGUCGGCCAUAGGAUGGACGCAUGCCCAAACCUGAGACAGGACACUUGCGGUCUGUGCGGGCAACAGAUUCCACUAGUGGAGGGGGUGCGGGCCCCUCACGAAUGCGUGCCCAAGUGUUCAGUGUGCGGUGGUGGACACGUCACGAACUCACGCGAGUGCACUGCAAAGUUCCGCAACUCCAAGAUGGCCGCCCAAAAGGGCGGCAAGACCAUAACGGCGGACAAGAAAAAACACCGCCAUCUUGAGCUUCCCGGUGGGCCACCGCACCGGGACGUCACCAAGACCGGCAAGCCAGCGCUCCCUGCCGGAGAAGCCGGGAGGCAAUCUAUGGCGCCACCACACGGCGUGGCCGGGGCCUGGGCCGACGCCGUCAAAAAAGAAAAACAGGUGAGCGGCGCCGGCAGGGCUGCUUCCUCGUCCCCUCCCUCUACUCCUCCUGCGGCGCUCAGCGCCGAACAAACCAUGAUCGCGGCUCUCCUGGCGCAAAAUGAGAUGCUGCUAAAGAAAAUUACAGCACUCGAAGCAAAAUUGAUGCAACCCCUCCCUACCCCCGCAGUAGAAGUAAUGGAAAGUGAGACAGAAGCGCCGGCGGAGGCACCUAGCGCGGUAGCCGCUCUUGAGGCCCGGAUCAACGCCCUCGAGGCCGCCCUCCAGGAGCCAGGGAGCGGCGCCACACUUACAAAUUACACCACGUUUCAGCAGGACCCCCUCUCCUGUAUCUGCGUGCAUAAAAAUUACACGGCCAACUUCGUUGACCGUGACCUCAAAACAGAAUUCUCGUACGUGAUGGUGACCCUCCUUCCGCUACGAAAACAGGACCCACCACUACACGGAGCCUGUGCAGCUGCGCACACACUUGUUCCUCCUUGA